AUGCAACAGCCAGCUAAAACAUGUAAAAAGAGAGAGAAACCCCACCAAUUUUACCUGAAAUGGACGGCGGAGGCGGCGGCGCAACGAUCGGAAAAGUCCGGCUCGAACCAGUCGAAACUGGCGGCUAUUUUUGAGUUUUCCGACGACGAAAGCUAUUGGGUCUUGACCGGGACGUCGAGACGAAGCUUUUGGGACCAAUCUCGAGAGCUGAGGUGGCCGGAAGUGAUGGCGGCGUGGCUUUUUCCGUUCGGAUGA